GGUGAAUGUGGUAGGCCUAACUCCACGUCUGCUCUAUUUGUCACCUUUGUUCGUGACCGAGGCGGAGUACUCUACACGCUUGUGACGUGCUCUACGUCACGUCAUUGUUCCAUACUGGAGGCUCACGUUACGGUGUUCACGUCAGUUCAGAGAGAGCGAAAUCAUUUUUUCAGAAACGGAGGAAACGGACACCGUCAGUCAAACAGCCACAUACCAAAGCUUUUCAUUUUUCAGGAAGAUGAAUCCAAAGGACGACAAGAAGACCGAUUUAUGCCCCAGCCCUGUUUUUGUGCAUAACCCACACCUGGACGCACUGAAAGAUGACGUCCUCUACCACUUCGGUUUAGGAACCAGAACUCACGACCUACCAGCUAUGUUUGGUGAUGUCAAAUUUGUGUGUGUUGGGGGCAGUCCUUGGAGAAUGAAAUCCUUCAUCGAGUACAUUGCUGCUGAGCUCAGUAUGGAAGACCCCAAAUCAGAGUACCCAAACAUCUGUGCUGGAACAGACCGCUAUGCUAUGUACAAAGUUGGCUCUGUACUGUCUGUCAGUCAUGGGAUGGGCAUCUCAUCUAUUGCCAUAAUGUUACAUGAGCUAAUAAAGCUCCUCCAUCACGCUCAUUGCACAGAUGUUACAAUUAUACGCAUUGGGACAUCAGGUGGAAUAGGGCUUAAGCCUGGCACAGUUGUUGUUACCAAGCAGUCUAUGGAUGCCACCUUCCUGCCCAAGUUUGAGCAGGUGAUCCUGGGGAAGACGGUGGUGCGCAAUACUGAUCUGGACCAAAGCCUGGCUGAGGAGCUGUUGCAGUGCAGCAAAGAGCUGAACCAGUUUGAGACCGUGAUAGGCAACACCAUGUGUACACUGGAUUUCUACGAAGGGCAAGCCCGUUUGGAUGGUGCUUUCUGCUCCUACACUGAGAAGGAUAAACAGGACUACCUCACUAAAGCCAGUGAAGCAGGAGUCUGCAACAUUGAAAUGGAGUCAUCAGUUUUUGCUGCUAUGUGCAAGCUGAGUGGUCUACGAGCGGCCGUGGUUUGUGUGACAUUACUGGAUCGGCUGAAGGGGGAUCAGCUGAACGAGUCUCAAGAAGUUCUUCGCAGUUACCAACAACGUCCUCAGAUACUGGUUGGCUACUACAUUAGGAAACAGUUAAAGGCCAAAGCAGUAUGUAGCUAAGUGCAAUAGCUAUUACACUGAUAUGCAAGCAUACAUAAAAAUUGUCUCUUGAAAAUAUAGCGCAAUGCACUAACUCAGUUUUAAACAUGUUUUAUACAUUCUAUGCUCACCAAUAGCCAUACCUGUAAUACCUCCAGAAUCUUGAAGUUAUGCACUACCUUUUAUUUAUCCGUUAGAUAGUUAAAUGAUUUCACUGUCUUAAUAAACCGGAAUGUGCUAUUUAA